AUGGUGUUCCUCCUUGUACUUCUUCUAGCAAUAGUAUUUAUCUGUUUUUACAACUUCUACUACAAACGUCUCGGUCUCCCUCCAGGCCCAACGCCAUGGCCCAUCCUUGGGAAUAUGGCUGAAAUUGCUCAGAAGCCUCCAGGCACUGACGUCUUUUUCGAAUGGAGAGACAAGUACGGCCCCGUAUUUACGUACUGGAUGGGCGAGAAGCCGGUUGUAGCUUUUGCUGAUUACAAAACAUUAGAUCAAACGUUCAACAAGGAUGGAGAGAACUUUGCCGGAAGAGACUUUUUCCCCGAAUUUUAUCUGAGUUUAAAAUGUAAGUAGGAUGCAGUAAUCUAAACGCUCGUGAUCUUAGCCUACUCUACACUCGGUCUGACCGGAAUGGAAGGAACUUUAUGGAAGGAGCACCGAGCUUUUAUCAUGCGAUCUUUUCGGAGCCUCGGGAUGACAAAAAGUGCUGCUCAAGGGCAGGUUCGCUAACUUGUCAUGAUCAACGACUAUUUUUUAGGUCCUAAUCGAGAUCUCCAGUAUGUUUCAAAACAUUGAUGAUCAAAUUCAAGCCGGUGUUGUGAAGCAUGACAUCUGCAAGUACAUCGAUCUGGUCAUUGGCAACAUGGGCAACAUUUUUUUGUUCGGCCAUGGAUUUAGUAAGGUGAGAGAUCAUCGUAUUGUUAUAAAUAACUUCUGUAUCUUCCUCUAGAACCAUCACAAUGACUACGCCACUCUUCGCGACCAAGUCCAUCGAUACAUGGCGGCAGUUAUGACUCCAGCCGCGUUGCUGGUCAUGUCUCAUCCUCACAUCUUCAGGCAUCUCCCAUAUUUCAAAGGAGUCUACAAAGAGGUGGAGGAUCGGGUUUAUGAUAUGUUGUGUUACAUGGACCGCCAGAUUCAGGAGCAUAUUGCGGAAAAAGAGAACAAAGCCGGCAGCAAUGACGAUUAUGUGUCCGCAUUCUUGGAGGAGGUGGAAAAACGCGACGGAAAAGAUGGAUUUACGUAGGUUUUUGGGGGUCUUUGAUAAGGGGGUGUGGGUCGCUCACAAUCAGGUUUUUUUAAAUUUUGCACACAUGUCGGAUAUAGGCCAUAUAUGAAUUCCUAGAAUUUGUAGCUCGCUCUUUGCAGGGGUAGUUGAGAUAUUCACCGAUUUUAGCGGCCGAGAAAGUACGCGAAACGCGGAGAGCGGUCACAAAAAAUCUGUAUUUUUUAACAUUUCAUUGCGAUUUUCGUACUAAAUAAUUACUUUUUUAUGCAAGCAUUACACUCUACGGUAGAAAUACGCAUGAAACUUUCCAUGCAAAAUUUGCAAAAAGCGCGAUAUUUUCAUCAAUUUUUGAACUAAAAAUCUCUUCCAUUUCUGCAAAGCGCAACCUAGGAAUCUUGCAUAUUCUCAUACAAACAUUAUUAUAUUAUAUAAAUUUGUGCCAAAUUCCGUCAAAAUCUGAAAAUCUGAGCGUCGCACUUAGAGUAUUUCCUCUGUAAACAAAAAUAAUCGGCUUGUUUCAGAAUUCCCGCGCUUCGCGCAAUCCUUGUUGAUCUCUGGAUCGGCUCCCAAGACGCGACAUGCACCACACUCUCAUGGGGUGUUCUCUACUGUGUUCAUUAUCCGGAUAAACAAAAGAAGGUGCAAGAAGAGCUGGAUCGAGUGGUCUCGUCGGAUCGGUUGGUCACUCUCGACGACAAAGACAACUUACCUUAUGCGACGGCGUUUUGUCAGGUAUAGCGAGGGAGCCGAUGCAGUGGCAAAAAACGUAUGAUUUUGCAUUCGGGAAGUAUCAAAAAUGUGGCAAAAUACCUCCCUUCACAACUAAAAAAAAGCUCCGUUUUGAAGGGCGCGUCUUUUUUCUUACAAAAAGAAGGGUCGCGUUUUUGAAAUCGGAGUUUUUUCACUUGCAGAGGGAGGUAUUUUGCUGCAUUUUUGAUACGUCCCGGAUGCAAAACGGUACGUUUUUUACCAAUGAAUAAGAUCGAUUUAUACUGAGUCAACUUUCUCUUCAGGAAAUCCAACGUCUUUCCAAUGUUGUAACGCAAAAUCUUCUGCACCGAAAUCACCGCGAAACCACGGUGAACGGGUUCAAACUCAAAGCCGGCACCUCGAUCAUGGGUCUCAUAACUACGGUCCUUUACGACCCCGAUGUCUUCGAAAAUCCCAAGAGCUUUGAGCCGGAAAGGUUCCUGGAUUCAGAGGGGAGAGUUAUUCCAUGCAACGAGCUGAUCCCAUUCUCGACCGGUCGACGGAUUUGCCCUGGAGAAGCGCUGGCCAAGGCCGAGAUCUUCUUGAUCUUUGCCAACCUGCUCAAUCGAUACGAAUUGCGGCCAGUUGCGGGAGAACCGAAGCCAAGUUUGAAGAGAAACUUUGGAUUCAGCGUGGCUCCGGACCCAUUUCGAGUUGAGAUAGUGACAAGGGAAUGA